UUCAAACAGGUACCACGCACCAUUGGUUACCAGUCGACACCUGAUAGCAGACUUUAUCUAUCAGGGAACUGACCGCGUUCUACAUCUAUAUCAGCCAGCAAUGGCUUGCGUCCACACCAGAAAAAUACUAGGCCUAUGGCUGAAGUUCAUUCUUCUCUCGCUUGCGUUUGCAGAGCCUCAACUAGACCUUCCGCAGUUACCGCAAGUCUCAAGCACACAGAGAAACCCAUACAGUUAUGGUGUAUCAAGCACUCAACCUAAUAACAAUUUCGUUAGAUCCUUUCAAUACAGUACAUCCCGCCCUCCGAGUUCAGUAACUCCUGGAGUAUUCCCAGUUUCUUCAACCCCAUUUAGUGGUAUAACUCCUGAUAUUAGCAACAACGGAUAUCCAAGUGGAUUUGGGAAUGGUCAGAGUUCAACACUUCGACCUUUUGAUGAGAGGAACCGCGAUGAUCGUAUAGAUAUCAACAGUGAUCCAAAUUUCCGACGCAAUGAUCCCAAUUUCGUUCGUGAUGAUCCCAAUUUUGUGGGCGCAAACCCUUAUGAAUUUAAUAGGGAUUUCACGUCGAAUAGACUAGAUGAUAGAGUGAGUCAAGUAAGCUUACAUCAGAUAAGGGAUUUCCUGAAGCAGGCGGAUGACCAGGCUUCAAAGGAAUGUACCAAUAAUGUGGCAGCGCAAUGGAAUUUUGAAACUGACGUGAACGAUGCUACACAACAUGCAGCUCUGGAUGCUCAACAACGGUACACACUAUUCCAACGAGGGUUGUGGGAGGUAGCUCAGCAGCUGCCCCGGGGCGCUAUCAGAGACUUCCCCACGUUCAGGCAGCUGAGGUUCCUCUCCAUCAUCGGGCCGGCAGCACUGCCUCCAGACCAACUAGAUAGAUACAACAGAAUAAUAAAUGACAUGUUGGCCGUUUACAACAAUGCCGACAUCUGCGCGUACAAUGAGCCGUUCAAAUGCGGCCUUCACCUGCAGCCAGAGCUCCAGUACACCAUGUCACACUCCCGGGACUGGGAUGAGCUGCAGCACGUGUGGACAGAAUGGAGGAGGAACACCGGCAGGAGGAUCAGAGACUUGUAUGAGCAGCUCGUGGAUCUGACCAACCAGGCUGCGAGGUUGAAUAAUUUCACCGACGCUUCAGCUUACUGGAUGUUUCCUUAUGAGUCUUUCAACAUGCGUCAAGAAGUUGAUGAGGUUUGGGAACAGGUGAAGCCUCUGUAUGACCUUCUACAUGCCUACGUCCGUCGGCGGCUUCGCGAAGCAUACGGCCCAGAGCGGAUAUCCAGAUCAGCACCGCUACCUGCUCACGUACUUGGAGACAUGUGGGGUCAGAGUUGGUCUGGCAUCGUGCCUUUUACCUUACCGUACCCGGGAAAAAAACUGGUGGAUGUAACACAGGAAAUGACACGACAGGGCUAUACCCCGUUAACAAUAUUCCAACUGGCAGAAGAGUUCUUCGUAUCCAUGAACAUGUCGGCAAUGCCGCAAGAUUUUUGGGCUCUGAGCGUUUUUGAGCAACCUGCUGACAGACAGAUACACUGCCAACCGUCUGCCUGGGACUUUUGUAAUAGACAUGAUUAUAGAAUCAAAAUGUGCACUCAUCCAGACAUGAAGGACUUAAUAACUGCUCACCAUGAAAUGGCCCACGUUGAGUAUUUCCUUGCCUACAGGAACCUACCGAAGGUCUUCAGAGAUGGAGCUAAUCCAGGUUUUCACGAAGCAGUCGGUGAAACAAUUGCUCUCUCUGUUUCGUCUCCACGUCAUCUUCAGACCCUGGGUCUAAUCCAGCGCUCCAUCGAUGACACUGCUCAUGACAUCAACCAUCUCUUCACCCAAGCAAUGGACAAACUCGCCUUUCUUCCUUUCGCUCUGGUUAUGGACAAAUGGCGCUGGGAUGUGUUUAACGGUGACGUCAGAAAGGAACAAUACAACUGCCAUUGGUGGAGAUUAAGGGAGCAGUACCAAGGCGUCAAACCCCCAGUGCUUCGUUCAGAAUUGGACUUCGAUCCAGGCUCCAAAUACCACAUUCCGGCUAACAUACCAUACAUAAGAUAUUUCGUCAGCACUAUAUUGCAGUUCCAAAUCCACCGGGCAUUAUGUGAAAGGACUGGACAAUAUAUCGCCGGCGAUCCUUCUAGACCUCUACAUAAAUGCGACAUUUAUCGGAACCCAGAAGCGGGCAGAAUUUUGACGCGGUUGAUGGAACGAGGUUCAUCCGUGCCAUGGAGCCAGGUCCUUCAGGAGUCUAUCGGCGAAGCGAAGCUCAGCGGAGAGGCCCUUCGUGACUACUUCAGACCACUUGAGGAUUGGCUUCGGAGUGAGAACUUGAGAACUGGAGAAUAUCUGGGCUGGAGUUAUGAUGGAGACUACUGUAAAUUCAGCAUUGAAACAGCAGGUCUACAAGUUUACGGAGGUUUCUACAACGCUGCAAUCAGAACUUUCAACGCCGCUGAACUACUCACCAUCAUGUUAACCUCGACGAUAAUUACUGUGAUCAGUUUACGUCAUAGAUAAAUCUUACUUUCAAAACUGCACAUAAACAAUGAAUUAUACAAUAUUUUGAGAACAUCAAGCAGAGAAAACCUAUUGGAGAACUUAUAAUAUAAUAUUAUGUAAUAAAGAGUAAAAAAUAAGGACUCCGUGUCAUCUUACAUAACAGUGAGGCACCAAAACAAGCCGGUAAACGGUAAAUAUAUAGCCUAACAAAUAUACUUACACUAAUACAAGCCGAUCGGCCGCCAUUAUGACGUGUCCAUCGUCUGUGACAGAUCAGUUUACGUCGCAAUAAAAUAUUUUUAAAAGACCGUCGUGCGUCGUGAAAAAGUGUAAAAACAAAAAUAUUAAAGUAUUUGAGGAUAUAUGAUUAUUUAAGGGAUAAAAAAUUGUGUAACUGGUAUACACCGUAACUGCACACACACUAGCAUAAAGGUGAUUCACUUGCUAAUAUCACGGCGCGGAGUCCUCCUUUUUUUACUCGUCCGUGGUAAUAAAGAAUUAUAUAAGACUUAUUGCAAUAAGUAUUUUUAUAGUAGUAAUAACAUGAUAAUAAACUAAUGUAUAGUUAAAAUUAAUGUUUGUACUUACGUCGAGGUAAGUAAGUAACUUACUUACUUAGGCAAGUCUUCAAAGGCAUAUAUUUAGGCAUCAAUAAUUAUGAAACGUUUCUAUAACAUAAAUGAGUUAUUUUAUGUUUUAUCUAUUUGCCUAACCUUAAUUGUUAAAAUGUUAAUUUCUCAUUGAAGUGACAAAUAGGUCUCGAGAAUAAAGUUAUUUAAACCUUAAGUACAGGGUUAUAUGAACUUGUAAGUACACUUAAUAUUUUUGUUACAAUCCCUAGUUCGUUGGAAGAAUUAAUUGAAGCAUUAGUAUGAAUAAAUAUUUUAUGAUUAAGAA